UCGGGAACUGUCGUUCGAAGGUUAGAGAUGAGCUGUGUUUUGCUUGGAACAUCGCUCAGUGAAGAUCUGUGGCAAGUGGCGAAAUGAUCAGGCGUGCUCUCGUGAAUCUGGCCACAGCUGCCCGUGCCUACAGUGUCCAAACUGAGGCAGCCAAGGCGAGGCAUCUGCAGGAAGUGGCUUUGCGUGAGAAUUGCAUCCUGGUGGAUGUGAACGAUCGUCCUCUUGGCCUGGCCAGCAAGAAGGACUGUCAUCGCGUGAGUCCCGAGGGACGCGUAAAGCUUCAUAGAGCAUUCAGCGUGUUCCUGUUCAAUAGCAAGGGAGAGAUGCUGAUUCAGCGACGGUCUCCGCACAAAAUCACCUUCCCGGACACCUACACGAAUGCCUGCUGCUCGCACCCCCUGUUCGAUAUCGACGCGGAGCGAGAUGAGCUGAACGCCCUGGGAAUCCGGAGGGCGGCGCAGCGACGAUUGAACUACGAACUUGGCAUCCCAACUAAUCAGACGAGACCAGAGAACUUUCACUAUAUCACGAGGAUUCACUACGAGGACGUGGGAGACGGCGUGUGGGGAGAGCAUGAGAUUGACUACAUCCUGUUCCUGCAGAAGGACGUGGAUCUGAAGCCAAAUCCGUCGGAAGUAAGCGAAAUUCGCUACAUCCGAAGAGAGAAUCUCGACAGGGAAAUCGAGUCUCUGGACGCCCCCUUGACGCCCUGGUUCAACCUCAUUCUAAAUCAUAGGCUGAGGACUUGGUGGGACAAUCUGAGACAUCUCAAGAAGUUCGAGGAUCUUCAGAAUAUCCAGCGAUUCUAA